GGAAUUGUUAAUGGAUUUAGUAAACACAUGUAUGAAAGUAAGAGAAUACAAGUUUAUUUUAUAUCAAAUCUGGUAAAUUUAAAUAGCGAACUUUAUCAACUUCAAGAAAAUGACAUAAAUAGUUUAUCAGAAAAGAUAAUAAGUUCAAAAAAAAAAGAGCUUCAAAUGAAUUUGCCCAUGCUAUAUCUUAAUUGUCAUUAUUAUAUUAUUUGGAAAAUAAACGUUAAAGAAAUACUAAAUAAAGAUUGCUUUAUAAAAUUUAUAAUUAAAGGCUUUAAUUCUAAGCGGUAUAAGGAUUCUGAACUAGUACAUUAUGAACAUGUGCUAAAAUAUGAAGAAGUGUUAAGACUUGAGGGAUGUGGUUGGAUUGAAUAUCAGCUUCCAAAAAAUGUAAAUGAAUAUUAUGUACAAACUUCAAUUGAAAUAAGUGGUUCUAUCAAUAUGCAAAUGGAUUAUGUUCGAUAUGGGCAUAAUGAAGAAGAGAUAACUUAUAUUCCUAACAUAUGUAUAGGUGAUUUAUUACCAAAUUUUUAUAAAAUUUAUCCAAAUGUUCCAAAAACUUUUAAAGAUAAAUAUUUUUCAAGAAAAGAAAUGGAAAACUUGCUUGAGCUGAAAGAUAUAAUUAACCAUCUAUGA